AAGGAAUUCAGUCCUUCUUUCCUAUCCGUAGCUGAAGAGUGGUGGGAGGGGCGGUCAUGGCUUCCAAGACAGCAAAGUUGGCAGCACUACCAGCUCUUCUGGGAUUUGCCUCUGUUCGAGUGUAUGCCAUAAGUGAAGCAAAAACAGAGGAGCCACUAUCUCCUCAAGAGCUCUCAGUAUACGCACCCCUGCCGCCGCAGCUUCGAUAUGUGGAGGAGGAUGCUGGUCUGCUGCAGAGCGGGCUGGGCGUGGUGCGGGUGGGGCUGCUCCCCUACAUCAGGGCCAUAAAGAAAGCCUGUGUUACCAUCAAAGUAGGAGCUGUGAAUCUGUACCAUGCUGGACACGAUACUUACGAGUACCUGAAAGACCCACCACCAGGUUUUCUUCCCAGGGUUAGUGUGAUCACCGUUUCAGGAUUAGCUGGCCUGAUUCUAGCAAGAAAAGGAACCCGUUUGAAGAGGGUGGGUGUGCCUCUGGGACUGGCUACUGUGGGGACGGCUGUGUGUUAUCCUGUUCAAACGGUGGGGGUACUGAAGCUGACAGGGAAGCAGGCAUAUGCAGCCACACAGUGGGCCAGCUCUUCAGUGACCUCUCUAUGGAAACCAAGUCCUGCCAAAGAAGUCAUCAUUCCCUCAGCAAGCCCUGAGGCGAUUCCUGUGCCAAGCCCUGAACCCGAAGUGCCAGCAACGAAGCCUGUUCCUGAAGCUGAACCAGCCCCACCUCCUGCAGACGAGCCUACCCUGUCACCCCAUCCCCCUGAUGAAACUCCCACUAUUCCUGCUCCAGAGGGGGAUACUGUUCCUCCACCUCCUGAGUCUGCCCUACCCGAGGAAGCGGCACCAGUCCCAACCCCGGAGGUCCAGCCAUCUCCCGACCCAGAACCAAGUCCUGAACUGGCAUCUCCAGAGCCUCUUGCGGAGCCCCCAGUGGAAUCCUCUCCUCCUCCGGAGCCCCCAGUGGAAACCCCUACUCCUGUGGAGCCCCCAGUGGAAACCCCUACUCCUGUGGAGCCCCCAGUGGAAACCCCUACUCCUGUGGAGCCCCCAGUGGAAACCCCUGCUCCUGUGGAGCCCUCAGUGGAAACCUCCUCUCCUGCGGAAACCCCAGUGGAACCCUCCUCUCCUCCUCCUGAGCCCCCAGUAGAAACCUCAGCUCCUGCCGAGCCCCCAGUGGAGCCCCCAGUGGAAACCGCCCCUCCUGCAGAGCUCCCUUUGGAAACCCCCACAGAGCAAAAUGUUCCUCCCACUGACCCGCUUCUGGUGCCUGCUCCCCCUCCCUCAGUGGAGGAGCCUGCUCUACAGGCCCCUCUCCCCGUAGAGGAGACCGCUCCGCUGCUUGCCGCUUCUGACCCUGCCCCCGCUUCAGCUCCAGUAGAGCAGCCUGCUUCCCCACCCUCUGAGGCUGACCCUGCUCCCUUGGAGCCUGCUGCUGAUACAGAGGUUGCAGAGAAGCCUCGGUUUGCCCCAGACCCGAAGCUGCUGGAUCACGGCCAGUCCAGCCCGGAGGACGCUGACCUGUACAGCACUCGCAGCUGAGUGGCGCUGGAGUGGCGCUGGAGUGGGGUGGGGUGGGGUGGGGUUGGACGUAUGGUGGUGGCUGUAGGUACACUAUCAUGGGAUUUGGGUCUGUCACACAGCAGUGUGGUGUAUGGGUAUGCGACAGGCACUUUGGUGUUCAAACCUUGCGCUUUAUCCUGGGAACAGCUCAUGCGCUCCUUGUGACUUUAAUUCCUGAGCUGGCCGCAUUUGACAAACUCUUUAGCCCACAGAUCACUGCCUUGCAGUCAAACUGGAACAUCGUCUUCCCCAGAGUCAGCACUCUGCACUGGGGAAGCCAUCCAGAACCAUCCAGUCGCCUGGGUAACUGGUCUGGUCUGUCUUCAUCGACAAAUUCUUGCAAUCAUCUCAACGUGGCCACACUUCACAGAGCAGGCCGCAAGCCUCGUCGCCAAACCACUUUUCUGUGAGAAUUUCAAUACACUGUCAGGAAGUUUAUCAAUGAUCUAUGCAAUACAUUUCCUCUUGAUUAUGAUUACAGCUGUUUUUUUUUUAUUUUUUAUGUAAGCUCUUUUUCCAAUUGGGGAGAGAGUGGGGAAUCAACUGUGAUGAUCACAGGAAGCCAGAGGUAAGAGGAAAUUAGGAUAUGCUGGUUUCCCUGUGUCUGGGGCUGGAAGAAGGGGUCUGUCUAUUUUCUAUGACGAGGGCAAACGGAGUCUCUGUGGAUGGGGCAAGGGGCAGUGUGGGUUUAUACCUGCGGUCUGAUCUACAUGCACGAACAAACUGACUUCAGUUCUUCUACUUAACACUCAACCACCCUUGGUAAUCUGUAGUGUACAAAUGAUAGGCCAAAAUGUCCUUUCAAGCAUUUGUCUUGUGCAUUUGUCAUUGUGUGAAUUUUAAUUUAUAUUUACCUAACAGAAAUGCACUUGAAUUCGUCCAUAGUUGUUCAGCGUGAUUUGAAUUUGGUAUUCAAAUGGUUCUUAAAUUUUGUUGAGUUUCUUUGUGAUGUCCUUAAAGGCCAAAUGGUAUAGUGAAUAAAGCAAUCUUUCAAAUGU